GAGUAUGUACUAAUGAAAAUCAGAGGAAUCCGUCCGGGUUUAAGGUAAUGUUAUAACGUUACAGAGGAAUCAAGUGCUUAGGUUACCCUACAGAUUCUGUAAGAAAGAAAAAAUCCCCAACAACCCUCAUCUUUGUCUGGCAGCUGAAUUUCCUAAUGUUUGUGUAAGUUCUGAUUAUUCUCUGCAUUUGCAAUUUUUUCCGGUAACCGAUCAAUCAAUUGCGAGUAUGAUGCUUAAAGAGAGUAAGAACUCCAGCGAAUCUGAAAGCAAAUACAGAGAGCAUAAUAGUAGUACUAUCGAUUCCGAAGAAAUCAAUCGUCUUCACACAGAUGAGAGAAACUUUGAAAAAUAUGAAGAAAGGGGUUUAGAUUUUCUUGGGAAGUCAACCUCAGAAAUGAGAAUGAAAAUGGCAUGUGAAGGUCGUUCCUCUGGUGCUGAUGUUUCCCAAUCCAAGAAGACCGGGUCUUCCGGUGGCUAUCAAGAGCUUACUCUGAGCUACCUCUGUGAUAGUAACUCCAAACUGGGUUUUUUAGAUAGAGAUGCGCCCUUUAAGAAAACUAAUGAUUAUAAGGGGAAAGAAGUAGUUGUUUCCGAGGAUUAUCACAUUGAUGAGGGUAACAGAUGGGUAGAGAGAGAUUUUCUUCGCCUGAACGAAAAUUACUCUAAGAGGGAGUCUGAGAAUGAGGAAAUUGAGGCAGGAAAUGUGGAUAGGAAGCCAAAGAUUGAAACUUUGAACCUUUCUCUGGCCUUGCCUGAUGUUUCACUCUCCAUGGCUGGGUCAAACCGUGUCCCAAAUGGAGAUCUCCCCUCACUCCUGAGGUCUUACCGGAGCAUGCAAGAACCAACACAUAAUAACAAUACCCAGACAACAUAUUCAAAUGAUUUCACAGCUGCCUCACUGUCAUACUCUCAUUCACACCCGUUUUCACACAACCCCAGUUGCUCACUUACCCGAAACUCAACUGAAAAUUAUGAGUACUCUAUUUGGAAUUGUGGGGAGGGUACAAACGGAUCGGUCCAUAGCCGUUUUAGACCAAUUGGAGACGGUCAUGUUGCACUGUCUAAUCACACUAGUGGAACUUUUGCCUUUGGAGGUGGUGGCGGUGUGGUCACUAAGGAAACAUGUAAUAACAGCUUCUAUAGGACUACCACAAGUUCAGACAACAACUCUAUUUUCCCUUCUGAGUUACCCGCAAGGCCUAGGGCGGAUGGUCAAUCAGGAGGGGAAUCAAUGGUGAAAGAGUCAAGGCCCGAGAGGAUUCUUAGAGAGAUUGUGUCUGAGAGUGCACCAGUAAUGGCUCAGAUAAUUCAAGAACUUCCAGAUGAAACCAUCAAAUCAACAAAGAAAUAUUUGAAUAACAUAAUUACCAUACCGGAGAGGAAAGCUGAAUUAGUGGGGUUGCAAAGCCGGCUUGAGAGGAGGUCGGACCUUACUAACGGGGUUCUAUUGAAAUGUAACAAGAAUCAGCUUGAGAUCUUGGUUUCCCUUAAGAUGGGUCUUGGAAGCUUCUUAUCAAGCAAGACCAAUAUGUCCACUGCCGAACUAGUUGAGAUUUUCGCACUCGAGAGGUGCCGGAAUGUAAGUUGCAAGAGACCAUUACCCGUUGAAGACUGUGAUUGUAAGAUAUGUUCUGCCAAGAAAGGGUUCUGCAGUGAAUGCAUGUGUCCUGUUUGUUUGAAUUUUGACUGUGCCAACAACACUUGCAGUUGGGUGGGGUGUGAUGCAUGUGCACACUGGUGCCAUGCGGUUUGUGGCAUCGAAAGAAACCUCAUAAAGCCUGGCCCACGCUACGAUGGGCCCUCCACGAUGACCGAGAUGCAGUUUUACUGUCUUGGCUGUGGUCAUGCUUCGGAAAUGUAUGGGUUUGUUAAAGAUGUUUUCAAGUCGUGUGCGAAGGAAUGGGAAGAAAAAACCCUUAUGAAAGAGCUGGACUGUGUUCAAAAGAUAUUUCAGGGGAGUGAAGAUUUAAAAGGGAAGGGACUUCAUGCUAAGGCUGAAGAGCUGCUCAUUAAGCUUGAGAAGAAGACUAUGUCUUCUUCAGAUGUUUGCAGUUUGAUUUUCCAGUUCUUCAAUUACACAGAUGGAUUGACAGACUUCCCGGUCUCCAACUAUCUUUCAAAAGGCUUUUCAAGUCAAUCAGAUAUGAAAAAAGAUGCUGCCAGCCUUCAUACUUCAACUGCUCCCACCUCCCUUACUCUGAAACCAUCAUCUUUCUACGACUUGAAGAACUCUACCAGCAAUAGACACAAUUCAGCUGAACAUCAAAACGAAACAAAGCUUGCCGCUUUCAUGAAUAAUAAUAAUAAUAAUAAUAAUAGUAAUGACCAAAUGGUUAAAGAUGAAUGGUCUGUGAAGGCGCCGAAGAAAGAUGCAGCUGCUGCAGCAGGACUUGACACUCUGGAAAGUGUGGUGCGUAUUAAGGAGGCUGAAGCGAGGAUGUUUCAGAACAAGGCGGACGAUGCACGGAGGGAAGCAGAAAGCCUAAGGAGGAUGGCUGUGAUCCAAAGCGAGAAGCUGGAGGAAGAGUACACUGGGAAGAUGUCUGAGUUGUGCCUUCUGGAAACUGAGGAACGAAGGAGGAAUAAGUUGGAGGAGCUGAAGACGCUUGAGAAUGCUCAAUGUGAUUACUAUAAAAUGAAAAUUAGAAUGCAGAGUGAGAUCGCAGGCUUGCUCAAGAGAAUGGAGGCCACGAAGCAGCUUUUCGUGUAAGCCGCUCCAACUCUAACAAUUUUUGAAUUGUCAUUUACUAUAUCCUUUUUUAGAUGACUUUUCUGGUGGGGUUGCCCGGGGUUCAUUCAAUGCUCUACUUUUUCGCUCCUAAGCCCUUACCAAGUUUUAUGUGCUUGAAGUUUUUGUUUUUGUUUUCUUUAUUAAUCUACAUCUUUAUUUUUUAGUUCCUAAUGGCGAUUUUUUCUUUAUUAAAAACUGAUUGUGGAUAAUGUUGAAUGGCUUGCAUGUUGGGAGCUAAGGUGGCCUAACAAGUCACUUGUUGUAUUAAACAUUCCUUCUUUGAAUUGUGUAGUACGUAAUAUAUCUUUGUCUGC